GCCCUUGUGACCAAAAAAAAACCCCACCUCCUCAUCCCCCCCCCCCCCCUCCCUCUUCUCACACACACACGCCUCAUUCGCCAUUUCUUCCCCAUUCAUAAAAAUUCUUGGCACCGCGCAUGCGCAAUGCCAAUCGGAGUCCUCCCCAUUCAUAAAAAUGUAACCUCCGCAUUUCAGCCCUCCCGAGGAGUCGCUCUGCCCUCCCAUUCACAAAAAAAAAAAAAAAAAAGGCUGAGGCAUCUGCGCAGUGAACGUCCCCUUUCCUUUUCCUUCUACCUCCUCCCAUUCAUAAAAACUCACUUCCCUCCUCCUGUGGUGGUUGCAACAUCACAUCCAAAAGCUCUGCGUCCACAACCGCAGUCGCCUUUUACGCACCAGCGAGGGGAGAAUAUAGCGCAGCUCUCCUUUCGCAUUAUCUCCUUACAAAUUUGGACUUUACGCAACAUUUUGUGGAGCUAUACUCGCUUUGCUUGGACUUGGACUAAUAAAAACCUGCGCGCAAUAACGUCGUGCGCAACGAAGAGAUGAGAGUUUUAUCCUGAAACCACAUUUUGCUAAAUGCUGCUUUAGAGUGAAGACGUGCGAGGCACCAGCCUACACAUGGAGUCCAGGGUUCCCCACCACAUCCCCGGAGUGUCCUCCUCCCUCAUCUCCCAGCCCCUGCUGGACAGUCGAGUGCCCUACGGCCGCCUGCAGCACCCUCUCACCAUCUACCCCAUCGACCAGAUAAAGUCCUCGCAUGUGGAGAACGACUACAUCGACAGCCCUGCCGUCGUCUCCCAGCAGCCCCCGAGCCAGAAGUCUGCGAACCGAAGGAUCACCUGGCUCGGUCAGAAUCAGGAGUCCUUCCUGGGGGCGAACCACAACCAUCAUCACAAUCACCAACAGCAGCACCACCAGCAGGGCCGGUGCGACCCCAUGCACCCUCACCAGGACACCACCACCCACCCUUGGAUUUCCUUCAGCGGGAGGCCCAGCUCCAUCAGCAGCAGCAGCAGCACCUCGUCCGAUCAGAGGCUGCUGGACCACGCCGCGCCCACCCCGACGGUGGACCACCACCCGAACCUGCACCCCCACCAGGGCCCCGUCAACACAAUCACAACCCGAACUCCAGGCUGCUUCACUUCCUCUGAAUCGAAAGUCCUCACCUCCUCUUCCUCUGCUUCCUCCUGCUCCUCCUCCUCGAAAUCGCUGGACCUCAAGUCUGCAAAGAUGCCCGCGGGAGGCGUGUGCAGCACCGGAGGCCAGCAGGGGCCGGGGCUGAUCCCUUCCUCCCCGGCCGAGAAGAAGCACCUCAUUCUCUGCGAGCACUGCGGGAAGUGCCGAUGCACGGAGUGUACGCUCCCCCGGACCCUACCCUCUUGCUGGGUCUGCAACCAGGAGUGCCUGUGCUCUGCUCAGAGCCUGGUGGAUACAGCCACCUGCAUGUGCCUGGUCAAAGGGAUCUUCUACCACUGCACCGAGGACGAGGACGACGAGGGCUCCUGCGCCGACAAGCCCUGCUCGUGCUCCCAGGCUAACUGUUGCGCACGCUGGUCCUUCAUGGCGGCCCUUUCAGUUGUCCUGCCUUGCCUGGUCUGCUAUCUGCCGGCCACGGGCCUGGCCAAACUCGGACAGAAGUGUUACGACAAUGUUAGCCGGCCCGGGUGCCGCUGCAAGAACUCGCAGGGCGGCGUGGGCGCUCCCGUGUGUAAAAACGGAGGCGUGGAAGCAAAAGUCGGGACGCUAGAGAAGCAGCAGCAGCAGGGGUCAUGAUAGUGGACCAAACAGGCCUUCGCUAAAAAAUUGGACAGGACCAUACUUGCUUGCUCUCUAUGGAUAGGACAAUCCAACACCAACCCCUUAAACUACCCCAUUAAUCUGCUGGAAGGUGACUUAUGUAAAACAAAAAGGUACUUAAAUGGCUUCUUGACCUGCGUUUGAUAGGGUGGAUGAUCGAAUGGGGCCUAAUCUGAGAGAAUAGCUAACAGGCCCCCUCUGAGAUGUUUUUUUAUUUGUUUGUUUGUAAGCGUGACACAAGAAGAAGAAAAAGAAGAAGAAGAAGAAGAGACAAGAUUGUGGGACUGUGUUGUUUUGGCUGAAGGCACAAAGUCAUUGUACCUCUCUGCUGCUCUGUAUUUCUCAGCUAAUUUUGUAACGGUAACUAACCAGAAGCUGGUUGCAGAUCCUCGGAUAACAGAAAAAGUUAUUUGAUGGAGAUAAAUAUCUGUACGCCCCCUCCUCCCACCCGUCCCCCCGAAAGCACAGCCCAGUGUCCCUCUGUCUGAACAAACAAACCUAUACUGUGGCUUUAUGAUGGGCCACUGCGAGAGUGAAACCACCACUUACUCGCUCACUCUCUCCACUAUUACGAUGAUGACCAUCUUUUAGUGUCGCCAUUUUUUCCUCGUUUAGCUUAAAGAUGCGGGCUUGGUAACGCUAACAUUGUAUCUCUGAGUUCUAAGCUGUAAAAACAAACCUUUUUUCGAGACUUUAAGAUAAUUCCCAUAAAUCCUCAACUCUGUAUUGUGCAUAAGCAGUUGUACGGAGAGAGAGAUAGUCACUUUACGGUGUGUUUCCUAUUUUUUGGGGGGGGGUGAAGCCCAGAGAUUCUUAAAAAAGAUUUUGAAUGCUGUUCACCAAUCACCUCGGAGGUAAUGCAUGUCAUGACCUGCAUGCUCUAGUGUAAUGGUUAACCCACCAUGCUAGAAGUCGAUGUGUCGUAGAGAAAUCUGUAAAAAAACAAAACAAAAAAAGUACACCCAACCUUCUCAGGGACUGUUUCAGUAAUCCUCUCUAGAACUUGGCCUACAGCAUGUCGAUUUCUAAAACUGCCUAAGAGCCUGGUCCUACUUCCUCUUUGCACACGAAGGCAAAGAAACAUUUAGGGGCAAAAAGGCAAUAGUGAAUAAUUUAAAAACGAAGUAAGCUAAGUGAGAGGCCAGAAAAUAAUGUUUCCGGAGGAGAGAGGGGACGCAAGUGAUAGAGAGUGAAUAGGGGGGGGGGGAGAGAAGGCAUAGCAAAGUUGUUGUUGUAUCUUUGUCGAAAUCAAACCUGCCACUUGCACAACCUUUUUAGGAAGCCCCUUAAAGGAUGUACUAAAGCACAGUAUUAACCACCUCAGCUAUCUCACGUUACGUUCGCGUGCACUACAUUUAGCCCCCCAGUCCACCUCCACACACACACACACACACACACAGUGUCUUCGUUCUAACCAUUAUGCUGCAUAGCUUAGUCAGAUAGUCUGUCUUUUAUUCUGAAAGUCUAUUUUUGUGGCUUGCAUGAUGUUCGUAGGACUUUGCCAAAGGAAGCUAGCGUACAGUAGCUUGUUUUCGCUGUCUGAGUGAUCACAGUUGUUAUGCACUCUUUGCCAAAUGGAGUUGACGGCAGUUGGUUCUUAAAGGCACGCUGCCCUUUAAUACAGAUGGCCUUUUUUCUGUUUGGCAUACUGUCUUUGUUGCUCCAUAACACACACACACCUCUCUUUCACGUCGGAACCCUUAACUUCCAGUAGGGCGCCUAACUUUUUGCUCAUAGUCUUGUUGCACAAAGCUGAAAAAAGAGGAAAGAAAAAAAAAAAACACACUGUCCUUGAAUGUAUGAGGCAAUAUUUUCAAAACCUAGCAAUUCAGUUCCGAGAGGAAGGUGCCAAAAUCGGAGAAUGAUUGUGUGACCGGGCAAAUUUUGCCUGAUAACAUGUAGGUGUGGGCGGCAAAAAUCACAAAUGUUUUGACAAUAUAUUUAGUAAUAGAGCUAUGCAGGUGAAAUGUUAUUUGCUGUAAAUAGUUUCACAACAUUUGUGUUCUUUAGAAGAGACUUUUAAAUGUCCUUGAAAGAUUGCAUGGUACGUUAUAACUACAAUUCAGUACAAAAUAUAUAGAGAAUAUAUUAGAUAUAUAUUUUGAGGGUAAGAUGUUUUUGAGGUUGCGAGAAAAAAAAAGUAAAAAAGAAGGGAGAGGGUGGCGAGAGGAAAGGUUCGGGAAGGGGUAACAAAAAAAUGACAGGUCUUUCUAUCACUAGCACUUGAUUUAGAAAAGUGUGCCCGGCAAUAAAAAGAAGAAGAGGAAAAAAAAAAAAAAAAAACUCCUGCUGUUUAUGCUAUCCAUGGCUCAU